AAGCAAUAACAGUUGUAGAGAAUAAACAGCUGGUUGAGAUGUCGAUGCAACAGUUUUGUUUGCGCUGGAACAAUCAUCAGCCCAACUUUAUAUCGGUUUUCUCCAGUUUGUUGAAUAAUGAGACUCUGGUGGAUGUGACAUUGGCUGCUGAGGGAAGGCACUUACAGGCACAUAAAGUUGUCUUGUCUGCGUGUAGCACAUAUUUUCAGUCGCUCUUCACCGUCAAUCCCUGUCAGCAUCCUAUUGUCAUUCUUAAGGAUGUUAAAUUCUCUGAUCUCAAAAUCAUGGUAGAUUUUAUGUACUAUGGAGAAGUCAAUGUUUCUCAGGAUCAAUUACCAUCGAUUAUUAAAACUGCAGAGAGUCUAAAAAUAAAAGGUUUAGCAGAGAUGCACACAGCCAGUUUAACAAAAUGGCCAAGCGGUGGAAGUGAACCUGGUGGAGGAGACAGAGGUGAAUCAUGUUCACCAACACCAUCACCACUGUCACCAUCGUUCCGUCGAAAACGACUGCGCAAAACUUCCACAGGGUCAACUUCCGGCUCUGGAGAGAAGCAAGAGGAAAUAAAUGAGAUCACUUUAGUGGCGACAAACGUGGUAAAACCUGAACCAUUACUCGUCUCGCAGGAAAGUGGAGAAAGUCUAAGAAGACCAUUAAACACCAGUACGGAGUCUCAGGGCAGUAUUGAUGAAGACCAAAUAUCUAUUAUGAGUAACAUGGAGAGUAGCUCAGCCAAUACUCCGGCACAGAGUGAAGGUUCGAUGCAAGAUGUCAGCAGUCAACAGUCUGGUUCAAAUGUUGGACAAAGUUCAGUUCCCCCUCAACCACCAGCUCAUCAAGGAUUGCAAUGGACAAUAAUGGAGCACACGUAUCCACGUUUCGCUCUGUCCUCGUGUCAAACGAAUCUGUCGAUCCAAGCAUCCUCGGCGUUCACCACGCCCGAAAUAUCCGGGAGCUCGUCGUCGGCGAUCGGCGAGCAGUACUCCGGUACUAGCACCACUGGUUCCAGCUGCGCCCUCACGAGCUAUCCGAACUCCUCGCACAGCACGUUGCAGCAUACCUCCUCGUCGUCAUCGUCGAGCGGCCCGACCCCAUCGACACAGUGUCCAAGUAACUGUCAGAGCCCUUGUGCGAGCCCACAGACAGCAAUCAAAAGGAAGCGCUCGACGAAUCCUCAGGCAGACGAAAAUUUCAUCAGGGCGCUGGACGCGGUUCGUUACGGGGGCAUUGGAUUCUGUAAGGCUGCCAGGAUGUUCGGCGUCAACAACCGAACCCUCUGGCUCGAGUACAAGAAGAGGGGCUAUCCGAACAAUCGUCCCAGCCUUAAGUCCCGGGUCAAACAGGAAGUGAACUCCUCCCCGCCGCCUGCACCUUCUACUCAGCCCGUCAGCUCUCAAAGUCCAACGCCGAUGGGACCACCAACCACUCCUCAUAGUAGUCACAAUACUCAUAGCACUCACACUAUGCUCACCACGCAUAGUCCACAUGCUAUGCUUAGCGGAUACAUUGACAGCAGGCAUACCGAUUAUGCUCUGCAGAGCAGCAGUAUGCCUAUCAACUUACAUGGGGUCAAUUAUAACGCCAUGUGAGCUGAACUCUCCCCCGACGGCUACCAUUACAGGUAGACUCGAAAGGGACCCAUCCUCAGUAUCCUCACUGAUGUUCUACUACUUCUCUCUACAUCGUAUAUUAUACACGCACUAAUAUACACUUACAUCUCCACGUGAACACACGAAAUAACAAACUUUAUGCCUAGUUACAUUCAUGAAUAUUUAGAACUAUUCAGUUUUCAUUUCAUUCAUUUUUAUCAAUACUUGACUUUUCCUUAUGGCUACACUUGACACAUCAAAAAAUCUCCCUUGAAUAUUCUUUCAAUUGAUAUAUAAAAUUAUUGUCAUUCAAUGUCAAAAUGUUGUUCCGUUAUCUUCGAACCAGUGUUAUUUAAAUUCGUAAAUAGAAAUUAUCAUUGCACUUGCAUUUAACAUGGCUUCAGUCUUAAUACUUCAAGUACGGAUGACGCGUUGAGCACGUCCAAUGGAUUCUAUCCAAUCGGCCGGGCAAAGCGCUGAGCGUGACAUGACACGGCGCGACCUAAAAAGUCUGUAUUUCAAAAAGUUGUCAAUGUUUUCCAAAUCAGAAAAAAUGGCACUUAAAGUGUGGUAACGACGAAACAAUUUUUACCAUGGACCAUAUUUUGAUGUCUAAUAUAUUUAAAGGUUAUGGUACUUGAGAAUGUAUAUUUGCAUUUAAAUUUUUUACGCGGCGCAGCCCACGCGUCGCUCGCGGCGAAAGGCCUCGGUACUUGAAGCGUUAACUACACCUUAGUUCGUUACUUAAGAGAUCUCUUUAUAGGGAUGAAGAUUUUAUUUAAUCGUACAGAGGGGAGGGACACUAAUUAAGCUUAGGCUCGAUAACCUACUUAAAAUUAAGUUGCGACAAGUCGGAAUAAUCAACGGAGGAUUAAACCCGGAUAAACCCGCGCACAAGGGCUGGUAGUAUUUUGGAUGCUUGCCUUGUAUCAUUAGAUUCUAAUGACUUUAAAUGUUAUUGCAUUAAUCGAUCAGCUGCUUAUAAGUUCACUCAUUGUUUGUCGCACAGUUCAGUCUUUCUAAAUUUCUCUCUGUCUCUCAAGCAUUGUCUAUCCUUUCGUUUUCUCUCUUUCUCUUGUUCCCUGACUGUCUGUCAAUGGCUCGCCGAAUUUUCUUGUCAAAAGUACUAGCAACAGAGGCUUUUUCAUGGACGGCAGCAUACAGCAGCGACAGUAUUUACCUGGUGACAUCCAGAAUGCUACUGCCAAUGAAAUAAAUACAACUAAUUAGGCUUUUGUCUAACGCUAAGAGAAAAAAAAAAGAAAUUAAAAUAGUCGCCAUUCGAAAUCAUGCAAAGAAACAUUAUGUUAAAUACGUUUUGGUAGUGUCUUGUACAUAGGGCGGUAUGUAUUUAUUAUAAACACGAAUGAAAUGGCGAGGAAAUAAUAAAGACAGGAAAUAGAAGGGAGAAAUUCGUAGUAAGAGGCGACUGGCGGUGACUUUAGAAACUAGAAGCGUGAGAAGAGAUGAGGAUAUAAGAGAGCAGAGAUAAAACGAGGGUAAAGAAGACGCGGAAGGCAAGGAACGAGAAAGGUAAAGAUAAUUCUUCGCACGUUUUGUUGAAAGAAAGAUACGAAAGAGAGAAAAAGAAAAAAAAAUAAAUAAAAUAGCGAAUACUAUUUCACAAGAUAAUUUUAGUAUGUACGUACCUAUGAUUAUUAGACAUAGUGUAUUCUAUUGUUCAAUAAUAAUUAUACACGUUUACUGUUUAAUUAAGGAAAAAAUGUUAUAUAAAUAUAUAAAUAAAUACGUAUAUAUAUAUAUAUAUAUACAUAUAUAUAUAUACAUUAUAAAUGCAUAGGUAUAUGAUAAUAGAUCGUAGAUUCGAAAAAAACUUACCUAUUAGUAUAUCUUGUGCAGUUCACGGAAUGAAGAGUUCUUUUCGAUAAUGAAACAUUGCUUAUCGUAUUUAGUGAGGCUGUGCGCGAGGAUGUUCGUAUGUGCGUAUGUAUCUAGGAGCGCGUGUGUGGCUGCGAAUGAGAAAACGUGAGAGAAUGAGAUAUGAGAGCAAUAAAGAAUAUAAGAAAUUA